AUGGAUGGCGAUAUUUAUGUCGAAGCUUGGUUUCCUGACGGGGUGCAGCAUAUCAUCACAACUGGAGGUAGCCAUUACAUCGGGUCAAUCAACGAUUCCACAGUCCUGAAAUAUCCACACAUCAAGGGAACUGGCUGCGAAGCACUCGAUGUAGAAGCCCAAAUUUUAGAGCAUCUUGGCAAACAUCACCGGAUCAUCGCAUUCAAAGGUCGGCACAAGGAUGGUUUGCUUCUAGAAUAUGCGCCGAACGGAACGCUCGAGAGACAUCUUCAACAAGUAGAUUUGCCAGUGAAGGAGAGAAUCCGGCUUGCACGAGAAACUGCUGAAGGGGUUGUGUAUGUCCAUAAGAAGAACGUUCUGAUCUGUGACAUCAACGUUCGGAACGUUCUUCUGGACGCUGAAUUUCAUGUCAAGUUGUGCGAUUUCCAAGGUCGGCUGUUGAGUCCGAAUGGAGAGGUCCUUGUAUCUGGAGGAGCCUCAGAAAAUGCCGAAUCCUAUAAGCCUCGAUGUGACAAGGACUACGCAGACACGAAGACAGACAUCUUCGCUCUCGGGUCAACGAUCUAUUUCAUUAUGACUGGACACAGACCAUACCCAGAGUACGAUACUAUCGACGACGAAGCCAUAUUUGAAGAGCUGUAUCGCAAGGCCAAGUUUCCUCUAUUAAAUGCAUCUCUAGGCGGAAACGUGGUUCAAAACUGUUGGACUGGCAAAUAUCAGUCAGCAGAGGAGGCAGUGAGCGAUCUCUUGCUCUUGGAACAUGCCAUGUGA